CGGUGGCCAGGGCUGGCGGUUGGCCGUGAACCGCGGGCGGACUUGGUGCCGCGGGCCGACUAGGCCAAGUGAGGUGGUGGAGCCUGCCCGCCUAGGCGAGCAGGAAUCGGAAGACAUGGCUUCCUCUGAUGCCGCCCGCACGCGCGUUGUCCUGAGGACCUGGCUGACCUGCGCCCCUAAUGAGGGCUUCUUCUGCCGGGAGAAGCGAUGGUCUCUUCCUGAAGGCCGCUGAUUACCUUGUCUCCGUGUGAUAGAUACAGUGAUUUCACUAGAUGGAUUGAUUACUUUGGGGACUGCAAUUCCUAGAGAGAAACGAGAUGGAGGGCAUCUGAACCUUUACCCCUAUUUUAUCAUCGAAGCUAGGAUAAAUAGGAAUGGCUGUAGAGGAACUUCAGUCCAUAAUAAAGAGAUGUCAAAUCCUAGAAGAGCAAGACUUUAAAGAAGAGGAUUUUGGCCUAUUUCAGUUAGCUGGGCAAAAAUGUAUAGAAGAAGGGCACAUAGACCAGCUAUUAGAAAUUAUUCAAAACGAAAAGAAUAAGGUCAUCAUCAAGAAUAUGGGCUGGAAUCUUGUUGGGCCUGUUGUUCGAUGCCUUUUGUGGAAAGAGAGGGAGGAUGAUGAUAAAAGAAAAGUUUAUUUUUUGAUCCUUGAUUUAUUGGUAAAGUUAUGCAAUCCAAAGGAAUUAUUGUUGGGUUUGCUUGAACUGAUUGAAGAGCCCUCUGGAAAACAGAUAUCCCGAAGUAUUCUUCUUUUGCUUCAGCCAUUACAGACAGUGAUUCAGAAACUUCAUAACAAAGCAUAUUCAAUUGGAUUAGCAUUGUCUACCCUUUGGAAUCAGCUAUCUCUUCUUCCUGUUCCAUACUCAAAAGAACAAAUACAAAUGGAUGACUAUGGCCUUUGUCAGUGUUGUAAGGCCUUAAUAGAGUUUACUAAGCCUUUUGUGGAAGAGGUCAUUGAUAACAAAGAAAACUCACUGGAAAAUGAAAAGUUAAAGGAUGAAUUACUGAAAUUUUGUUUCAAAAGCUUGAAAUGCCCUUUGCUGACAGCACAAUUCCUUGAACAGUCUGAAGAAGGUGGAAAUGAUCCUUUCAGAUAUUUUGCAUCAGAAAUAAUAGGUUUUUUAUCAGCAAUUGAACACCCUUUCCCCAAAAUGAUUUUUAAUCAUGGAAGGAAAAAGAGAACUUGGAAUUACCUUGAAUUUGAAGAAGAAGAAGAUAAACAAUUAGCAGAUUCAAUGGCUUCUCUGGCAUAUCUAAUAUUUGUACAGGGCAUCUGUAUUGAUCAGCUUCCAAUGGUCUUAAGCCCGUUGUACCUUUUGCAGCUUAAUAUGGGGCAUAUUGAAGUAUUUUUGCAAAGAACAGAAGAGUCUGUUAUCUCCAAAGGAUUGGAGCUGCUGGAGAAUGGUUUAUUGAGAAUAGAAGACAACAGUCUACUUUACCAGUACUUAGAAAUCAAGAGUUUUCUUACUGUACCUCAGGGCUUAGUGAAAGUAAUGACACUUUGCCCGAUUGAGACACUGAGGAAAAAGAGUUUAGCUAUGCUUCAGCUAUAUAUUAACAAGUUGGAUUCACAAGGCAAAUAUACAUUAUUUAGGUGCUUAUUGAAUACUAGUCAUCACUCAGGUGUGGAGGCUUUUAUUAUUCAAAAUAUCAAAAAUCAAAUUGACACAUCAUUAAAGAGAACACAUAACAAAAAAUGGUUUACAGGACCACAGUUGAUUUCCCUUCUUGAUUUGGUACUCUUUCUCCCAGAGGGUGCGGAAACAGAUUUACUGCAAAACUCAGAUAGGAUUAUGGCUUCAUUAAAUUUAUUGAGGUAUUUGGUUAUCAAAGAUAAUGAAAAUGACAAUCAAACUGGAUUAUGGACAGAACUUGGAAAUAUUGAAAAUAAUUUCUUAAAGCCACUCCAUAUAGGACUUAAUAUGUCAAAAGCACAUUAUGAAGCAGAAAUUAAAAAUAGCGAAGAGGCCCAAAAAUCUAAAGAUCUUUGUUCUAUAACUGUAGGUGGAGAAGAGAUCCCUAAUAUGCCUCCUGAAAUGCAGCUUAAGGUCCUACAUUCAGCUCUUUUCACAUUUGAUUUGAUUGAAAGUGUUCUAGCUCGAGUGGAAGAACUCAUUGAAAUGAAAACAAAGUCUACCUCUGAAGAAAAUAUUGAGAUAAAGUGAAAGUUCCACUUCCUAAAUAAAAACUAAUAAAACAUAAUUUUCCAUUACGAUUUAUUUAAUACCUUUAAAAAAAUUUUUAUGUAAAAAUUUACUGCUCAAAAAAAAUGUUUUUCUCAUUUA